AUGUCUUUCUCACAAAGGAAGCCCGACGCUCGUACCAAGAAGCGCCAAGGAAGACGGAGCCGAUCAUUUGGUGGUUGCGUUACCUGUCGCGGCCGUCGUGUGAAAUGCGAUGAAGGUCGUCCCGGUUGCUCAAUGUGUAACAUCGCUGGUGUCGAAUGUGGGGGCUACAACAUAGACAUUUUCUUCGACUUUGAUGACCCAUCUACAACAACGGCAAAGUUUCGACGGCCACUAUUAACCGACCAUGAAAGGAAAUGCAUGAAUAUACAAAUAUCGAGAGGUCCAUUUGGGGCUUUUAGGGUCACCCAAGAGUCGAGACAAGGCCCUAUCCCUAGUCUUGACGUGGUACAUGAGGACCCUGUAGACUCUUCAUGUAUCCAUGUCGUGGAUGACCAGGAAGGUAUUGUCGUCCCGGAUCUCGAUUUUGACAUUGAGGUAGUCUCGCCAUCCGUGGAUAACAUAACGACCAUUGUUGAGCCAGUCAAUCAACAACCGCAAGACUUUUUAAACACCUUCGACAGUCUUCCCCUAGCCAAUUGGCUAGAUCCUGGCAACAUCGAGAUACCAGACUGGUGGGAUUCCAUGGAUAUUGGACCGAUAUUCCCUUGGCCUGAUGAGUCCGCAGUUGCGCCAAACCCUCAAUCACCGAUCACAGUAUCCUCCAUCAUGCAGGUGCAGUCGCCAAUGUUGCCAUUAGCCGAUCCAUCACCAAGUCCAGGUCCAAUAGCGGAACAUGACGUUCCCGGAGAUGCUGUCUUGCUGAUAAAACACUACUCAACGACAGUUCUCAGAGGCUUGACGCCAUAUCGCCACAGCAAGACCCCAUGGCACAUCUUAUUUCUCCCACAUGUUAAGAAUUGCUUGGCGGCUUUGACCUUGGGUGAUGAAAUGGACCAUGCAAGUCUAUGCGCAUUCUAUGGGACUCUAUCCAUCAGCGCAUUUAGUCUCGGCGGGAUCUACAACUCCGCAAAAUGGUUGUAUCAGGGCAAGACAUAUUACCAACAAGCCCACUAUCAUAUCCGGAUGAUGCUAAAGACAGCAUACGACAUACCGAAACGGGCCAAAUACAAGUCCAUCCUAAUGGCACUGUUAACAAUGGUGCAAAUCUCAGUACUUUCUGGAAACAAAGACGAGGCCGAGUACUACUUCUUGGAGACUGAGAAGUUUAUUCGACUGAGGGGUCUUAAGCGACGCAAGUCACGCAAAGUUCGACUACUACAUCAUUGCUAUGUCUUCGAGAGACUAUCUCAUGAGAGCAGCUUUACCGACUGCAGACUGAAUUUGGAUCAUCGAAAUCGCGUACGUGAAGCGGUUGAGGCCAGCGAUGCGAGUAUUUAUAGUGUGGAUAAUCUAUCGUUCCGUCUCACGAGUUGGAGAGACCUAGACCAGGAGAUGUUAAAGGUGAAGGGCCAAGAGGAAGGCGAGAACGAUUUACACCUUCAGCAUCCUGGCAUUUGGUCCGCCACACUUUAUCCUGAGAUAUUUGGCGUACCAGAACUACACCUCUUUAUGCUAUCGUUAGUCAUACGUCUCGCGAGAGAAAAGGAUGAAAGCAAAGAUGAAGCCAUGCCUUUGAGAGAAUUCAUGGCUCGCGCAAAGGCUGUUGAGAGAUGGAUCAAGCAACUCCACAUCCUUCGCCAGUCAAUAUGGAUGACAGAAGCGCCUGUAGACACAGAACAACAACGAUCCUUCGAUCUUCUCAACAGUCUAGCCGAUACGAUGCAGCAUGCCCUUUCUGUCUAUUUCUACCGCAGGAUCUAUGACUUGGACCCUAGUAUGCUUGAGAAACAUGUGCUUGGUGUACGUGAUCGGCUACUAGAGUUUGACGAUUCUGAUGCGGGAAUGGGUUAUGGGUCUUUGAGGUUGAUAUGGCCUGCGUUUAUUGCAGCUUGUGAAACGGACGAUGUUGGUAUCAGAGACUCGUUUAUCCAGUGGUUUCAAGGUUCUGCUAAGAGGAGUGGGCUCAGGAUAUUUACUGAGACGAUGGAGCGUAUUCAACAUAAUAAAUCGAUUUCCCAAUUCAACGUCUACAAGAACAUGGAAGCGAUAGCUGUGUUUGCCCUUGCUGGCAAUGUGCUUCAAUUCGUCGAAGCAACAGGGAAAUUUACAGCCAAGGCAUAUGAUAUCGUCAAGUCAGGCAGAAAUGCGCCGAAAGACCUCAAAGAUUUGCAGGCCGCCUCAUUGGGUCUACGAGAAGUGCUCAAAGAGCUGCAGCAGGCGCAAACACAGAUACCAACCGGUAAUACCUUCACUGCUGAAUCGGAAGCGCGCAUAUCUACAUUGGCAUCGAGCUGUAUCCAGGUCAUCAACGAAUUAGUCGAAAAGCUUGAUAAAAUCAAAAUUCACGACAAUGGCGGGCGCAUGGAUACUACCAUGAUAGCUUUCAGGGCCAUGUGGAAGGAAGAUGAAAUCUCCAAGCUAUCUGCACGCAUUGAUGAAUACAGGCGACAGCUCGGUAUCGAUGUUUUGGUAUCCAUGAGAACUCACCUUGUCAGGUCUCUGGACACCCAGCAAGCUAUUCUGUCUCAAUUAAAGACCAAGGGGCAUAACUCUACACAACACGACUCGGGGACAUUUGGAGGCACCGUCAUCAACUAUGUCUCUAGCUAUGUCCCAAUUGAGAAUCGCAAAGAUGAAGCUUUGCGUCUCAAGGGUGAGGUUCAAGACGCCAUUCGAAAGAGUCCGUAUUUUAAAGACUACGGUGGGGUUGUCAAGUCGGACUAUCCAGCCUACAGUAUCUCGGAUUUCACACGCGUAGAGGCCGAAAAAAAGUUGAUAUCAUCUCUGAGAUACAAAGAGAUGAAUAUAAGAGAGCUUACGAUUGCGGAACCAUACGAGGACACUUUUCGAUGGAUUUUGGAAACAGAUAACGCCCAUCGUAGAGAUACCAAGCUCAAGGAAUGGCUUUCUUCUGAAUCUCAACUAUACUGGAUCACGGGGAAAGCAGGAUCUGGCAAGUCCACUCUCAUGAAGUUCCUAGGUCGACUUGAUGGAGGUACUUAUGGGAGCGACCUCUGCAAAACGUAUCUGAAGACAUGGGCUUCUUCUGCUGACAAACUUGUUCUCGCAAGCUUCUACUUCUGGGCUGCUGGUUCCUCCAUCGUUGCGUCUCAGGCAGGUCUUUUCAGAGCCCUUCUCGUUCAGUUAUUCGAGCAAAAUCCCCAGAUCAUCCCCAGAGUUGCGGCCUUGGAGUGGGAAGAGUACUGCAUCUUCAACCAACAUGCCAGGUUCGAUACCAGCGAUCACCAGCUCCAGGUGCUACUUCACGACGCCGUUAAAGCACUAGUUCAGCAGGAGAAAGCAAAAGUGUGCUUUUUCAUCGAUGGACUGGACGAAUACGGAGGAGACCCAAACAACCUCAUAUCCACGAUUCAGAACCUACUGGAGCUGGGCAACAUCAAGAUCUGCGUGUCAAGCAGGCCCUGGCUCGUUUUUGAAGAUGCUUUUCUACAAGCGCCAAAUCUUUUACUGCAGGACUACACUCAGCCCGAUAUCCUUCACUAUGUAGGCUCGCAGCUCAAUCAAAACGAGGGCUUCGCAAGACUAGAGAAAAGAGACCCGCAAUACGCCAGCGCGUUGAUCGAUAGCAUUACCACAAAAUCAUCUGGCGUCUUCCUGUGGGUUCGCCUUGUUGUCAACUCACUUUUGGCUGGGCUUACCCACGACGAUCGCAUAUCAGACUUGCAAAGGAGAUUGGACCUCUUGCCACCAGACUUGGAAGCUCUGUACGCUACCAUAACAGAGUCGUUGGAUCCCUUCUACUUUGCACAUGCGGCUCAGUACUUCAAGUUUGUGGCAACGAGCUCGUCGCCCCCGAGUGCCCUUCUCUUCUCGCUUGCUGAUGAAGAAAGUCCCAACUUUGCGUUGGAUCUCCCAGUCAAGUGUUUCACAAAAGACGAGGAAGAAAUCCGUAUCGAUACUGUACGUCGACGGAUUAAUAGUAGGUGCAAGGGCUUGUUAGAGAUCGGGCCUGGCAGCGAGAUACAGUAUCUUCACCGAACCGUCAAAGACUAUCUCAGCAGUCCAGAUGUGCAGUCGUGCCUGAACCAUGCAGUGGGACAAUAUGACUGCCAUCUACAACUUUGUUCAGCAAAUCUCGCCCUCCUGAAAGGAUCAUUAGGAGAAGGGAGAUGGAUUAGUCGAUCCAGGCUCUGCCGUCUCGUCGAAUCAUGCAUAGUGGCCGCAUCAAAUGUCAUGGCUGACAAGGUCUUGAUGAUUCGACUUCUAGACUGCCUUGGCGAGACUAUUCAGAAGGCUUUACCGAAGGAUGAAUGUAUCUACAUUUACAAUCGCCUUCCAGAUCCAUCUGUCCUCGACCUUUACCUUGAGCAUCUCUAUAGCACUGGCUUUGUUGCUUUGACAGCUCGUUUUGGUUUUGUCGACUACGUUCGCGCCAGAGCGUCCACAGGCGGCAUGUCUAUUGACACGAACCAAGACCAUGGCGAUCUCGUUCAAUAUCCGCUUAUCGAUAAUGUACAACCCAAAUCGACUUUACUGUCAAAAUUACGAAGUCGGCGGAAAACAAUCCAAUCAGCCGCUGUAGUUACAGAACGACCUUGGCCCCUCCUCUUGAAUGCCAACUUUUGUCGACCUCCGAGCCUGGAACUGUAUCGCUGUUUGGUAGAAAUGGGCGCCAACCCAAGCUUGGUUUUUGACUGUUCUGGGGCGACGAUAUGGACCGAGAUCCUUGCAACAGCCGUUGCGGACUGCUUCAUUGCUUCAAAUAUGAAGCCAGCAUGGGGGCAAUGGGUACCUAUUUUACAAUUCCUUGCCUCCAAGGGAGCUAAAUUUGAUCGCCGUGUCAUAAUCUUGGUGAUGAUACGGUUGAAUCGUAGCCAGAAUGAGUAUAUUGAUCCGGAACGACUGUAUAUCGCGUUGAAACUGGCCCUAAUGAACCAAGAGGAGUUGGGGUUGGAGUAUCUGCAAGGUAAUCAUGAUAAAGUGGCGGAACUAGUUGAUAUCGCUCGUAUUAUCGCUUUUCUUCUCAGUGAUGAAGCAUCUUUCGAGACAGACGCUAUGUACAACGUGGAUAGCGAUUAG